AAAAAAGGUAAAGGGUUCGCCUUCGCCCUCUCCUCUCGGCUCUCGAGGAGAUAUCAAAAAAUCAGUUUUUGUGGAAUUUGCAAGUUAAUCCUCUCUCUCGCUUCUGUGUUUCGCCAUGACAGAAGUUGCGAGCUCGGUGGUCUAUGAAGUGCUCGGACGCAGAGCUCAGGAUGUGGACGAGCCGAUCAUGGACUACAUCAUCAAUGUCCUCGCCGACGAGGAUUUCGACUUCGGUGAGGAAGGUGAAGGUGCCUUUGAUGCCGUCGGUGAGCUCCUCGUCGCUGCUGAAUGCGUUUCCGAUUUCGAUGAGUGCCGUUUGGUUUGUAGCAAAUUGUCGGAUAAGUUUGGAAAGCAUGGAUUGGUGAAGCCUACACCAACUGUAAGGAGUCUUGCUAUGCCUGUGCGGAUGAACGAUGGAAUGGAUGAUGGACCGGUUAAGAAGAAGAAGCCUGAGCCUGUGGAUGGUCCUUUGCUCACGGAACGUGACUUAGCUAAGAUUGAGAGGAGAAAGAAAAAGGAUGAUCGCCAAAGAGAGCUACAAUAUCAACAGCAUGUUGCUGAAAUGGAAGCCGCUAAAGCAGGGAUGCCUACUGUCAGUGUCAAUCAUGACACUGGUGGUGGCUCCGCUAUCAGAGAUAUUCAUAUGGAUAACUUUAAUGUUUCUGUUGGAGGCCGUGAUCUCAUUGUCGAUGGAUCUAUCACCCUCUCUUUUGGACGCCAUUACGGCCUUGUAGGACGUAAUGGUACCGGAAAAACAACCUUUUUGAGGUAUAUGGCUAUGCACGCUAUUGAGGGUAUUCCUACUAAUUGCCAGAUAUUGCAUGUCGAACAAGAAGUGGUUGGUGACAAGACGACAGCUUUACAAUGCGUUCUUAACACUGAUGUUGAAAGAACCAAGCUGUUGGAAGAAGAGAUUCAAAUACUCGCAAAGCAGAGAGAAAUGGAAGAACCCACAGCUAAGGAUGGAAUGCCUAAAGACACAAUUGAAGGAGAUCUUAUGUCUCAAAGGCUUGAAGAAAUAUACAAAAGACUUGAUGCAAUUGAUGCUUAUACUGCUGAGGCUCGGGCAGCUAGUAUCCUUGCUGGUCUAAGUUUCACUCCAGAAAUGCAGAAGAAAGCUACGAAUACUUUUUCAGGAGGAUGGAGAAUGCGAAUUGCACUUGCUCGUGCUCUAUUUAUAGAGCCUGAUUUGUUGUUGCUUGAUGAACCUACGAACCAUCUUGAUCUCCAUGCUGUCUUAUGGUUAGAAACAUAUCUAACGAAGUGGCCCAAAACAUUUAUAGUCGUUUCUCAUGCUAGGGAAUUCUUGAACACGGUGGUCACGGACAUCAUCCAUUUGCAAAACCAAAAACUAAGUACCUAUAAGGGAAAUUAUGAUAUUUUCGAAAGAACAAGGGAAGAACAAGUGAAAAAUCAGCAAAAAGCUUUUGAAUCAAGUGAACGGUCACGGUCACAUAUGCAGGCGUUCAUUGAUAAAUUUCGUUACAAUGCAAAGAGGGCGUCUCUUGUUCAGUCAAGAAUCAAGGCAUUGGACCGACUGGCUCAUGUGGAUCAAGUUAUUAAUGAUCCCGACUAUAAAUUUGAAUUCCCAACUCCUGACGAUAAGCCUGGACCUCCCAUCAUCAGUUUUAGUGAUGCAUCAUUCGGCUACCCUGGUGGUCCGUUGUUGUUUAGGAACCUAAAUUUCGGAAUAGAUCUGGACAGCCGUAUGGCAAUGGUGGGACCCAAUGGUAUUGGUAAAUCAACUAUUCUCAAACUUAUUUCUGGGGAUCUGCAACCAAGCUCUGGAACAGUUUUCCGUUCUGCUAAGGUUCGAGUUGCAGUCUUUAGUCAGCACCAUGUGGAUGGACUAGACCUUUCUUCAAAUCCUCUUCUGUAUAUGAUGCGCUGCUACCCUGGAGUACCGGAACAAAAGCUCAGAAGUCACUUGGGUUCUCUUGGGGUUACUGGAAAUCUUGCACUGCAACCCAUGUACACUUUAUCAGGUGGUCAGAAAAGCAGAGUGGCAUUUGCGAAGAUAACAUUCAAGAAACCACACUUGUUAUUGCUUGAUGAGCCGUCCAAUCAUCUUGAUCUGGAUGCUGUGGAAGCUUUGAUCCAAGGACUAGUGUUAUUCCAAGGCGGUAUUUGCAUGGUGAGUCACGACGAGCAUCUAAUAUCGGGAAGUGUGGAUGAGCUAUGGGUUGUGUCAGACGGCAGGAUUACACCAUUCCAUGGAACCUUCCAUGACUACAAGAAACUUCUCCAGUCUUCAUCUUAAGCUGCGCCCUACUGCAUUUAUUAUAUUUCCCAUAUCCAUGUUUCGUUUUUAUUUACUUGCCUCAAUAGGACACAGCAGUCAGCAGUCGUCCUUUUUUUACCUGAGAUUUGGCGAGACCGUAUUUGACUUGUUUGUUAAACCAUUUAUAGUUUGCUUUGAUUGUGUUUAAAAGAAGGUUUACUUGAAACUGAAAAGUAAAAGAAGCAUAUACGGACG